AUGACGGACACCUGCGUCCCUCUAACCAUUCCCCUGCGCUGGGCGAUUGUUCCCGCCCUGAUGACUGACCGCCAAGCUGACAUCCCCUCACCGCUUACCCGCCCUCCUCCCGCCAAGACCCUCUCUCCGGCCGAGUUUAUGUUGGCUCCUGGGUUCUCGGAGACAACUGAGCUACCGAAGCGAGAACGUCAAGUAUCGGACAGCCGACGUCGCGUGGCAGGAGACAACAACGUAAUGCAGCUUGUACGAGUGGCGGGUUCUACCGAUACCAACCCCUCAUCCCCACCCCUCUUCCGCACCCAUGAUACCAACCCCUCAUCCCCAACCCUCGUCCGCACCCAUGAUACCAACCCCUCAUCCCCACCCCUCUUCCGCACCCAUGAUACCAACCCCUCAUCCCCAACCCUCGUCCGCACCCAUGAUACCAACCCCUCAUCCCCACCCCUCUUCCGCACCCAUGAUACCAACCCCUCAUCCCCACCCCUCGUCCGCACCCAAGAUACCAACCCCUCAUCCCCACCCCUCGUCCGCUCCCAUGAUACCAACCCCUCAUCCCCACCCCUCGUCCGCACCCAAGAUACCAACCCCUCAUCCCCACCCCUCGUCAGCACCCAUGAUACCAACCCCUCAUCCCCACCCCUCGUCCGCACCCAAGAUACCAACCCCUCAUCCCCACCCCUCGUCCGCACCCAUGAUACCAACCCCUCAUCCCCACCCCUCGUCCGCACCCAUGAUACCAACCCCUCAUCCCCACCCCUCGUCCGCACCCAAGAUACCAACCCCUCAUCCCCACCCCUCGUCCGCGCCCAUGAUACCAACCCCUCAUCCCCACCCCUCGUCCGCUCCCAUGAUACUAACCCCUCAUCCCCACCCCUCGUCCGGUCCCAUGAUACUAACCCCUCAUCCCCACCCCUCGUUCGCACCCAUGAUACUAACCCCUCAUCCCCACCCCUCGUCCGCUCCCAUGAUACUAACCCCUCAUCCCCACCCCUCGUCCGCUCCCAUGAUACUAACCCCUCAUCCCCACCCCUCGUUCGCACACAUGAUACCAACCCCUCAUCCCCACCCCUCGUCCGCGCCCAUGAUACUAACCCCUCAUCCCCACCCCUCGUCCGCUCCCAUGAUACUAACCCCUCAUCCCCACCCCUCGUCCGCUCCCAUGAUACUAACCCCUCAUCCCCACCCCUCGUCCGCUCCCAUGAUACUAACCCCUCAUCCCCACCCCUCGUUCGCACCCAUGAUACUAACCCCUCAUCCCCACCCCUCGUCCGCACCCAUGAUACUAACCCCUCAUCCCCACCCCUCGUCCGCACCCAUGAUACUAACUCCUCAUCCCCACCCCUCGUUCGCACCCAUGAUACUAACUCCUCAUCCCCACCCCUCGCCCCCACCCAUGAUACUAACCCCUCAUCCUCAACCCUCGUCCGCAUCCACGACCCUCACCUCUUUAUCCCAAUCCGCAUUAUACCGCACACCCUCAUCCUCACCCCUCGCCCGUACCCCUCACCUGCACCGUGA